CCCACAUUAGCCCCCUCCUGCAGAUGUCCGUCGGUUGACAAGGUGGAAAAAUUUAGACAGUUGUUUGCCAGCUACAGCUUCGGUGACAAUUUGGUGAUGAUGCCUUUGGUUUUAGGACAUGUGUCUGAAUGCACUUGUAGUACACAUCAACAGAAAUGAAUAAAGACAAUCCACGGAUAGAAAUGGACCUGGCUUUUGGAUCAGACAAGACCUACGGGUCCUCUAGAAGUAUUGUGAGGAGAAUAGCUUCUAGUCUUCCUUUUAAACCCUGCCCCAGGGUUCAUUUUCAGCUUUACCCGUACAAUGAGGACGCUGGUGUCCUGAUUGGCGGCAGCAGGCCGAGUGGUUUGGCCUCUCUGGCUGAUGUCGGCUGGCUCGACAGGGACGAAGAGGAUGAGGACGAAUUCAUCGGCAGACCCAGGUCAGCGGUCCCAGCAGGACUCGUGUUUCGAGCCCGCGAGACUCAUCCUCAGAGGCCAUUAUGCCGCCAGAUGUCACUACCCACUUUGCAUCAGGGGACCCCGGACCCCCAGGGGCAGACAAACAACAACGAUGAGGCCAAUCAGAAGAUCAGCGCUCUGGAGACAGAACUCGCCAAACUCCGAGCUCAGAUAGCGCAAAUCGUUUUAUUUCAGGAAAAGAGCACACAGCCAGCUGCUACCACAGGGAUACCUCCCCCUCCACCCUGUGGCACCCUGCCUCCCCCUCCUCCUCCA